GGUAUCGGCAACACUUUGUUCCGAGAAACCAUUACUAUCACAACCAUUAUAAUACACUAUUAUUAUUGAUAUUAUUAUUAUUACACUACUACUACUACUACUACCACUACUAUCACUAUUAUUUAUUGUUAUUAUCGUUUUUAAUAUCGCCGUCGCGGGCACGUUCACUUGCCGCAUAACUAAUCAUUCACCAUGAACGGCAAGACGUUGUUUGUCCUGUUGUCCUGCGCCGUCUACGCCUGUGUGGCCGCACCGGCCAACAGCGACGAUGAAAUCAAAGAUCUGCCCACAUACAUGAAGAGGUUCGACAAACUCAACGUCGACCAAGUGUUGAGCAACGAACGGGUGUUGAACAGCCAUCUCAAGUGUUUCCUCAACGAGGGACCGUGCGUGCAGCAGUCCAGGGACUUGAAAAGAGUUAUCCCGGUCAUCGCUACCACCGGUUGCGAAGGAUGCACCCCCAAACAGAAGACGACAAUCAAAAAGUCGUUGAACUUCUUGAGGAACAAAAAACCAGUCGAGUGGCAGAGGCUUGUCAAAAUCUACGACCCGUCGGGCAAGAACUUGAACAAAUUCCUCGAAUCCUAAUCUCCAACACGAUAAUAUUAUGUAACAGUAUAAUAUGAUGUGUGACGCAUAAGACCUACAAAAAAAAAAAAAAAAUCGUGAUAUUUAUGUAUUUCGCGCGACCAGUGUACUUAUUAUUUAGGUUGUACAAUAAUAUUAUAAGUAAAAAAAUUCCUCGAACAAAACAUUUAAUUUAAGUUCUUUAAUUUAUUUAUAAUUAAACAAAAUAUUUAAUAAUAAUAAAAACAAAACAAACAAACAA